AUGUCCUCCUGCUUUGUGUUGACCAUCUUCUUUUUUGGCAUUGGUCUGUGCUUCGCCAGUCAGCUCACGGACCCCGGUCACACCAGCUUCGGUGCUCUCAUUGAGACACGUCUCCUCAUUGGAACCAAGAGCUCAAUAAAAUCAAGGAGAUUCUUAAGACCCCACGACACGCCUAAGCAAAAAAAUAAUAUCGGCAGCGACAACAAGAUCGAGGGGGAAAGAGCUGGAGUUCCUGGAAUGACAAAAAUCGAAGAACUAGUCCCUAAGCUUGCUUUGAAGCUGGAGAUAGACCCAACAAAGGUUUUUAAGAAUGUACACGUUGUGAAAUCUGGUGCUAAGCUAGAUGGCAACAGAAGUUUUCUUGUCUGGUUUCUGUACGUGAAGCAGUACCGAAUUAAACGAGGAGGCGACUUUUUUUAUGGCGACGACGUUCUGUUAGACUUACUGAGGAAAACGAAAUCGGAAGAAGAACUGGUGCGACUAUUUCAAUCGCUUCGGCAAAAUCCAGCCUUCAAGGACAUCGCAGAGAAGAUGAAGAUCGACAUGGUUUUGAGCUCUGCGUCUAGCCACAGACUAGUAAAUGCAGCGUGGCUGAAUUCCCGAGAAACCCCCGAAGAGGUUUUUAAAAUAUUGCGGCUGAAAAAUGGAUGA